GAGCAGACAUGUGUUGGAGGGCAGGUCUGCUGGAGGAGGAACAAACACCCACACAGGGCGAGGACAUUAUGUGGACACUGGCUCUUCAGUUGGUUGUCAUCGGAUUACACCUACAGUUACCCACAUGCUACCCAUCAUGCACUUUGUAUGGUCUCUUGGCUGACUGCGCCUCAAGGCAGCACCACUGGGUUCCUGCCCUGCCUUCCAACAUCACCCACCUCUACCUGGAGAUGAACUUCAUCAGUGAGAUCAACAGCAGCUCGCUCAGAAGCUAUGACCAGCUGCAAGAAUUAGAUCUCGGAAAUCAGAACAUGCAGCUCAUCAUAAAGAACAACGCUUUCCUCAGGCAGAGAAGACUGACAAAGUUGGUCUUAGGCUCCAAUAAAGGCCUUCAGAUGGAGUCGAGGGCUUUCGCAGGACUGUUCAAUUUACAACACCUCUUUCUGGAUUAUUGCGAUUUGUCAGACUCCAUAUUAGCAGACAGCUAUAUGGAGCCGCUUUUGUCCUUGGAAACGCUCGACCUCUUCGGCAAUAAAAUAGUGAGUGUUCGACCGGGACCAUUCUUUUCGAGACUUACAAAGUUCACACAGCUAAACCUCAAAUUGAAUCAGAUUGAAAGAUUGUGCGAAGAUGAUCUUGUUGGUUUCCGGGGCAAAUACUUCAAACUCCUGAACUUGCAUUCCAAUAAAUUCUAUAUCGGCUAUGGUGAAGGCUUUGACUGGGAAAGAUGCGGGAACCCUUUCAGAGGGAUGGCUUUUAAAACACUCGACUUAUCCACCAAUGGGUUCAGUGUGAAGACAGCAAGACCGUUUUUCAAAGCUAUAGCGGGUACUCCGAUUGCUCAUCUUAUAUUAACUGGACCCAUGGGCAAAGGCUUCUCAUAUGACAACCUUCUCGAUCCAGAUGAAAGCACAUUCGAAGGCCUCCAGUACAGUUCAGUUACCACUUUGGAUCUGUCUAAAAGUCAUAUAUUUGCUUUGCAGAAGGCUUUUCUGAGUCCUCUAAAGAAUGCGUUCAAAAUUGACAUAUCUAUGAACAAAAUCAACCGGAUUAACAGAAAUGCCUUCAACGGUCUUCAAGGACAUUUACGAAUUCUAAACCUCUCAUCCAACCUCCUGGGGGAAAUAUACUCUCACACAUUUGCCAAUCUGACGGAGCUUUGGGUGUUGGAUUUAUCUUACAAUCACAUAGCUGUAUUGGGACACAAAGCAUUCAGCGGUCUUCCAAAUUUACAACAUCUAUAUCUGACGGGAAAUUCACUGCGAGCCCUGGGUUAUCCGGCGCCAUUGCCAAGCUUAGAUUUUCUUCUUUUGAACGACAAUAAAUUAAAAUCUCUAUGGAACAUUGAAUUUGGCAAGAACAGUAUUCACCUGGAUGUUGCAGACAACAGAUUAACGAACUUGGAGGACGUUUAUGUUAUUUUAACUCAUUUCAAUCGCCUCGUGAAUUUCUUCUAUGGCAGCAACUUCAUAAAGUGGUGCCCACUGAGUCCGAAGGUCGAAGUACCUCAAAAUAAUAGUUUGAAGGUGCUGGAUCUUCACGACAGUUCACUGCAAACCAUUUGGGCGCAGGGGAGGUGCCUCUACCUGUUUGAUCAUCUAGAGAAUCUGGUCGGUCUCAAUUUAAGCCACAACUCACUUGCGACUCUCCCAGAAGGGAUUUUCCACGGCCUAAGCUCGAUCAUAGAGAUCGACCUCGCGUUUAAUUCCUUAACCUAUCUGCAGCCAGACGUCUUUCCGAUCGGCCUGAAGAGACUCGACCUCUCAAACAACUUUUUAGCCUCCCCGGACCCGGCGACUUUUCGGUCCCUGAGCGUACUCAGCCUGGCUACAAAUCGGUUCCACUGCGAUUGCAGUCUGGAGAGUUUUGCAAAGUGGCUGAUCGCGACGGACGUAACCUUCCUGAGCCCAAUUGAGGAGUACAAAUGUGAGCUUCCAGCCGCUCUCCAGAAUCUUCCCCUGCUGGACUUCUCCGCGACUGUCAAACCCUGUGAGGAAGACGACGAAAUGGCCGUCCGUGAUCUUAAGUUUGCUCUCUUCGUCUCGUCUGCUCUCCUCAUACUCGGCGUCAUCCUCAGCGGAAUCCUCUACGCCCGUCUCCGAGGACGCAUAUUCAUCAUCUACAAAAAGGUUGUGGGUAGGGUUCUUGAGGGCCCGAAGCCAACAACUCCCGUGGACGAGGUGCAGCACGAUGCGUUCCUCUGCUUUAGCGACAACGACUACGGCUGGGUGGAGGCCGCGCUGCUGAAGAAGCUGGAUAGCCAGUUUUCCGAGGAGAACAUAUUCCGCUGCUGUUUCGAGGCCAGAGACUUCCUGCCAGGUGAGGAUCACCUCUCCAACAUCAGAGAUGCCAUCUGGGGCAGCAGGAAGACCGUAUGUGUUGUCUCAAAAGAGUUCCUGAAAGAUGGUUGGUGCCUGGAGGCGUUCACUUUGGCCCAGGGCCGGAUGCUGGAGGAGCUGACAAACGUUCUGAUAAUGUUGGUGGUAGGAAAGGUGGCCCACUACCAGCUGAUGAAGUGCAAGGCAGUCAGAGCUUUUGUCCAGAGAAGGGAGUAUCUCACCUGGCCGGAGGACCCUCAGGACCUGGAGUGGUUUUAUGAGAGCCUCGUCUCACAGAUACUCAAAGACACCAAGGUGAAAAAGUUGGCGGAGGAUAAACCUGAGCCUGCACAGCCCGACAUCCGACCUCACCAUGAGGACGGUAUCCCGCUGGAGGACAUCAGAGGGAACGCCAUGUGAACUCUUGACUGUGUUGAAGAAAAGAUACAUAAACCAAGAUAACCUGUUGAUACAGCACCAACAUCCAGCCCGCCGACGUGUGAUACAGUACUGCUGGGCAGGAUGAGGACCAUGAUGUUUCCUAAAAAGCGGAGCGGUUAAUACCAAAGCUUCAGAGGAAGUUAAGGCAAAGACUGAGAUGUUCAGAACCUGUUCGGUCCUGAACAGUUUUGCCUUUUUAUUUCCACGUAUUUAGGUGAUCUGUGGCAAGAUAUUAAAUCAAUUUCUAAUUCCUUUUUUUAUGUUUUUUCUAUAUACAUGUUAUUAUUGUCCACAUUUACAUCACUCCAUGACAAUGACAAGAAAUGAUUAAGUAAUUAUGGUGUUGGAAUGACUUGUAUAUUAAAUGACUGAAAUGUUUCCGAUUAAUGAAGUGUCAUAAUAAUAAAAGGAAUAAAGGAAUAUAAUAAUAAGAGUAAGCAUCUGCUAGUCAGCUGCUCUUGCAAAUAUUUUUCUGUUUUAUUUGUAAUAGGCAAUAUUGCAAUGUACAAGCGCGCUUCAACUUCUCUUACAGAUUUUCUUUAUGUAUGUAAAUAUGCUUAUGCACAGAAAAAAACACAUAUAAAGCCUCAGUAUUUUGUGGAGCGUUUUUUUUGUGGAGGGUUUUCCUUUUCCAGGAAAACCCUCAUUCUUUCAUGAUAAAAACUUAACUAUGUACAUUAGAACCAAGGGAGCUUGCAUUUCUUCUAUUCCCAUCAAGAAGAGGAAAAGAGCAUGAAAUGUUAUUGGAGUCAUACAAAGUCUGCUCACAUUGGGUUUAUAAAUUCUGUCCAAUUAUCGAAAAUUUGAUCUAAUUUGUCCAUUUUGAAUUCUGUAAAAACAACAAAAAUUGCUUUGUACCAGCAUUCCAAUGUAGGAGGUCUGUUCUCACUUAUAUCAAAUGUUGUGUUCCCCCAAACAGCCUGCAGGAUGAAGCAAAUCCCCAGAGAACGUCUGUUAUUUAAUCACUGCAGGUGUCUGACGACAGCUCAGGCAGACCUGAACGUAGCUGUGUUGAAAAAGUUAUUGGCCAGUUUGGCUUGUCGACAGGUUAAG